GCUGAGCGCCAUGCUGUCCGUGCGGAGGGCGCGGAGGAGGGUGCGGAUGGGCCCCGCCUGCGCCCCGACCCCGGACCCCGCCCCCGCCCCGGACCCCGCCAACGCCGACUGGAUGGGAGGCCUCCCGCUCGCACUCUGCGCCACGCCCCUGGCCCACCUCGCCAUCCCAGGUUCCCACGACUCGUUCAGCUACUGGGUGGACGAGAAGUCCCCGGUGGGGCCCGACCAGGCCCCGGCCGUGACGCGUCUGGCCCGGAUCUCCCUGGUGAAGAAGCUGAUGAAGAAGUGGUCGGUGACCCAGAACCUGACCUUCCGGGAGCAGCUGGAGGCGGGCAUCCGCUACUUCGACCUACGGGUGGCGUCCAAGCCGGGGGAGGCCGGCCGGGAGAUCUACUUCGUCCACGGGCUGUUCGGGAUCCGGGUGUGCGACGGGCUGGCGGAGAUCGGCGCCUUCCUGGCCCAGCACCGGCGGGAGGUCGUCUUCCUGGACUUCAACCACUUCUACGCCAUGGAGGAGGCUCACCACGACUACCUGACGGGCUGCAUCCGGGAAGCCUUCGGGCCCCGCCUCUGCCCACCUCGGAGGGUGGAGGACAUCACCCUGCGGGCCCUGUGGGAGCAGCGCUGCCAGGUCCUCGUGUUCUAUCACUCACCCCUGGCCAAGCAUCACCCAUUCCUGUGGCCGGGCACCAGGAUCCCGGCGCCGUGGGCGAACACCACCAGCGUGCGUAAGCUGCUUCUCUUCCUGGAGACCACCCUGGGGGAGCGGGCCCCCCAGGGCACCUUCCACGUGUCCCAGGCGAUUCUCACCCCCCGGGUCAAGACGAUUGCCCGAGGCCUGGUGGGAGGCCUGAAGAAUACACUGGUUCACAGGAACCUCCCCGUGAUCCUGAGCUGGGUGAAGACCCAGAAACCGGGAGUCCUCGGGGUGAACAUCAUCACCUCCGACUUCGUGGAUCUGGUGGACUUCGCCGCGACGGUCAUCGAGUUGAACAACCUCCUUUUACAAGGGGACCGGGCUCUGGCCAAAUGUUGACCUGGCUUCUGUCGGCCUGAAGCGGCGGUUCCCCCGCUGGGUUGGGGCCACGAUGCUCCCGUCCCCCCCGGCCGGGCGGGAUCCCGGGAUUGGAUGAGAAGACGCCGUUUCUCCAACUGUCGGGGUUGUCCGGGAGCCAGUCGGGGUGUUUCCGGGAUUGUCGCGGUGCCCGGGGAGGAGCCGGCCAUCGGGUUUCCCUUGUUGCGAGUUUGAGGCCCACCUUCCAAGCCAUUCUUCCCAGCGGUCCUGGCUCCGCCUCGGUGGGACUUGGGGGUCCGACAACCCGACCUCGGGGCACCGGCAGGAGGUCCCCCGCCCCCAGCUCCGAAUGGACCUCUCUGCUGCCGCUGCUGCGUCCCACGUCUCAGCGAGGCCCGGGGACCCCAGCGUGAGUCCCGUGAUUGAUGGAUGAUGGUUGGAUUCGCUGCUGCUGCUUCUCGGCCAGGUGGGGCCCGACGAGGUCUCACUGCAGCCGCUGGGCUGAUUUCUUCGGGCCACCUGGCCCGGCCCGGCCCUCCAGAGCUGCCGGUGGUUCUCCGUUUGAGCACGGCCCCCGUCCUCUGUGCCGGGAUCCUGGAGAAGGCAGGGCUGACCGGGGGCAUCGUCGUCCUCCACGUUAGGAGGACUCGAGGCCUCCCACCCCAGUUCCUCCUCCCCAGCCUCAACCUCUCCUCCCCCACCAGACUCCACGGUGCCAGGGAGGCACCAGGUCCGGAAGGUGAGAUCGGCCGCUGUCGAGCAGGGUCUUCAAACCGGAUCCUGGUCGUCCCGGGUUGCCCUGCCCCCCGCCAAGAAGGGUCUUUGAACCAGGUCCUGGGGAUCCCGGGUUGCCCUAACCGGCCAGGCCUGGAAGCUCUGCCCUCUGCCCCAACGCCCCUUGAUUCAGUCCCGUGCCCGACCAGCGAGCACAAGACAUCCGUUCCAGGGACGCCAGACCUUCGGCCACCAGAAGAAGACCACCAAAGCCAACCCUCCAGGCCACCAGACUACCUCGGAGAUGUGAGAUCUGCCUGUGCCCAUCAGAGGGCCUUCCCGGCCUCACCUCCCCCUCGGUCCCUUUCUGCCCGUCGGUGUCGUUGAAGGUCACAGCCGGAGGACAGUGAACCUGUCUUGGGCCGUUGGCGGAGGAGAAAACCUUCCCGUUGAUUGAUUUGUGUUUCCGUGGCCGCUCUGUGUCCCGGCUCUACAGGGUCCUCGUGGGGGUGGGGCGCUUUGGGGGGCCCCGGGAUGGGCUUACUGGGAACCCUCUGUCCAGGGUUGUGCUACUGGGCCCCGGCCCGGAAGCCAGCCGUGAGCGGAGACAGGGUGGGAGACGGUGGGCGGAUGCUUUGGGACUCACAAUCCACCUGCUCACAGAUCGGGUGUGUGCUGGGGAAUUCCAGGCACCUGUGUCACCCCCCUCCACCCUCCCCACGUCCGGGUCCAGGCAAUCUCCAUCCUGUCGGUGUUAGAAACGGCUAGUGGCCUCUCUGUGCUCCCCAGAAGCCCCUCCGUCCCAGCCACCACUCUAGUGCUGAGCCAGCCCCUGGGGCUUGAGCUCCCCGGCCCCGAGAGGUCAGCGCCCAGGGGUCCCUUCCGUGGGCCGCGGCCGGGAGAGGAGAGAGGGCAACCUCAAAGGCCUUGUCUUCCCUCCCAGCUUGCCAGCCAGGACUCAGAGCCGGGUGGGCCUGCCCUAUCCCGGCCCUCCGUGAUGAGUCCUGGCCCUGCCGUGCCCAGCGAUGGUGUCAGAUGUGCCCGAGGACCCCAGAGGGCCCUUCCGCCCUCCCUCUCGCUCGUUGAUAUUUCCGCGAGCAACUGGGAUCGAUUGGCGGCUUCUUUGCAGGUUCUAAUGCGUGAGAGGCCAGUCCGGAAACACACCCGGCAGCCCAGGAAGCAGCUCGCGGCCUUGCUGGAGGGGAGUCAGCCAGUCCCGUCUGGGUUCCGGGGCCGGGGAAUCACGGACGGGGACCGCUCGGUGCUAAACAGGGAGCUAGAACCCAAUGGACAGACCCUCGCUGAGAGAGGGGAACUGGCCUACCUCAGUGCCCCUCUACGCAAGCUCUGGCCCAGCCCCACCCGACAGGGUUGCUUCCCACCGAGACCCCCACCCCCUCAAACCCGGCUUCCCGGGUCUCGACGCCGGCCGGACACCGGAGAUCGCGGUCCCGGUGUCUGUGGCAACCGGCUCCGACGCCCUUGACCCUGCAGAGCGGAGAGCCCGCUCCAGCUUCAGGGGAAACCCCGUCGGGUGGGUGAUGCCCUGGGCCAUUUUAAAACCCACUCCCAUCUCAGCGUGCGUGGAUUUAGUGGUUGGAUUCUGGGUGAUUUAUUUGUAUUUAUUUACCUAUUUAUUUAUUUAUUUGUAGCUAUACUGUUCUCUCUCUCAAGAGUGAUAUAUAUUCAUGAAUUUAUGGUGACCAUCUCCUCAUUUAGAGUAGAAUUCCCUAAAGGGCAGGGAUUGUACCUUCAUCUUCUUCUGCAGGUCCUUCAAGGGCUCGGUAGGGCCGGGCACGCAACAGGAGCCUGGACGACACCUCUGUUGUCCAGUGGCCCAAACUCCUAGUAUUGUUUCAUUCAGGAGGGGCUCAAGAAGUCCCCUCCCUCCCCCUAGGAAACACUCCCCAGGCCGCGCUCCGAACACAAGGAGGUCCACCCUGCCUGCCAUUUCGAUCCUAAUGGCGGGCCAGUGCUUAGUACAGUGCUUGGCGUAGAGUAAGCACUUAAAUACCAGUUGGAGUAGCAAUUGUAUUUAUCAUGCACUCAGCCUGUAAAGAGCACUGUACGAAGUGCUGGGAAAGAGUGCACAGGAGGGAACUAGACACAGACUUUGUCCCUCAAGAGGCUCACGGUCUAUGAACUCCCAUGAUGAUGUACUCUCCCAAGCGCUCAGUACAAUGCAAAAAUGGCCUAGAGACAACAGAGGAAGGAGGAAGGAUGGAUUUUGAUUGAUUCUCCAAGAGCCUGAGGAAGAGGUAACCUCUGAGUUUACUUGCCUCACUCCCCUGGAGUCCCUGGAUUCCUUCAGAAGCAGAAAUCCUUCCCCUUCUUAUCUUCCGCUCCGCCUGGGUUUGCCAAGCCCCCAGAGACCCCAACUCUACCGGACGCUCAUUAAUCUGGUUAAAAACUGCCCAUGUCCAAACCCUGGGUCCGUGUGUGAGGUGCUGUGGACUGUAGCUGUCCACGAGAGCCUUGCCCUAAUGCUGGGACCGUCAGUCGUAUUUAUUGAACGUUUACUGAAUGCAGAGCACUGUACUAAGCGCUUGGGAGAGGACAGAAUAACAAUGAACGGAUACGUUCCCUACCCACCAUGAGCGGCCUGACAGGGAUGGGGAAGUUUGGGUGUCCUCCCGGCUGGCCCAUUCCCCCUCUUCCCGUUCUUCCCAAGCUGGGGUCUUGACCUCCGGGGCCCCGGCCCGGCUGCCUAAAGACCUCAGUAACCGACUGCAGCUUUGUCUGCCCUGCCCUGAGAAGUCAUCUGUUCUCAUCCCCAAAGUUUCCCUCCAGAACCGGUCCGGCUCAUCCCCGGACCCAAGAGUCCGGCUUCUCCCCACCAGCGCUCCGGUGCCAAGAGCUGCGGGAGACGGGGUAGUCUAGUGGCCAGCUGGAGUUCCAGGUCCCUGCUCCAUUUGGGCGUUUCCAGAGUCCCCAGGCCCUCAAUCAAGCCGACGCAUUUGUCGAGCGCUCACUGUGCGCAGGGCACCAUACUGAGCGCUUAGGAGACUACAAUACAACAGACACAUCCCCUGCCCAGGGUAAGCUUCAGUCAAGGGCCCAUCUAUCUACCGCUCUUUCGCCGCCAGCAGUUCCCAGCCGGUCUUCUCCCCUGACCCUUCGGCGGUAGCCCCGAGCCCGAAAGGCACCCGCCCGGAGCUAGCCGGCCGCCCCAUUUCGGUAGUCGAAGGGCCCACGGGAAGCACGGCAUUUGGGAAGACGGGGUCAGCCCGGGCAAGCGUUUCCCCUUUAGGAUUUGCCCACGGUCGCUCCUACUCCGACUCCUGUUCCGCAGGAUCCCGCCUGCACCGUGGGUAGAACCUGCUGUGCCCCGCCGUCACAUCCCGAGCCCCGGGUUCAAUUUCCAAAAACACCGAGAGUGGGAAAAACAAAACGGGUUCGAUCGGGAGGAUUCAUGUAACGGAGCAUGCAUGAUAAUAGAUGUCGUAACCGUGUCCAACCCCAGUCUGAUGUCCCGGUGACCUGCACGUUUUUAGUCAACGAAUAAAGAAACGACCGAGUUCACAUUUGAAAUCCAAAGGCGGCGGACAAGCCGCCGGUCAGUAAAUGCUUUCUGUGGUUCAAGUGCGUUCCGUUGGCCGCGGUCCUCCGGGAAGUCAUUUGUUUUGUUCGGUUUGCUUGGAAACGUGACCCAGCUGAACGGGUGCACUCAAAGUCGGGUGCCUUCCGGCCACGAUACCUCAUGUGACUGUGAAAAUAGGUUUUUUGCCGGCUCUAGUCUAACUCUUGUUGUUGUACUCGACUUGAACUCCAUGAAGAAGCUGUGACUCUGACAAUAAAACCUUGGCACACACAGUA